UUUCAGUUUCAGUAGUCUGUGGUUGUGUGGUAAUGUCAUGGAAAUAAUGGAACGGAAUCGAAUUAUCUAAGUGAAUUAAUAAAGUGCGUAAUUGUUUACAAGCUGCGCUGUAUAAUUAAUAAAUAACAAUAUGCAAUAUCUAUAAUCAGUGUCAUGUGUAGUUUACGUUGCAUUGCUAACCUAGUUUAAAAUCAUAAUUUAAUCUUAUGUAUCAUAUUUCCAUCGACUUAGUAUUGUUUUCAGUUAAAUUCAGGUAAAAUAAAUAUUGCAAAAAUGUAUCCAAGAUGUGGUAGUAAUGGCUCAAUUCAAAAUAUACACCAGACGCCUUCCUCUUCGAAUCAAAACACAGAAGAUGAAGAUGAUAGCGGAGAUAACAAGGCAUCUGCACUUAGCUUUAAGGAAAGGAGGAGAGAAGCGCAUACACAGGCUGAACAGAAAAGGAGGGAUGCCAUUAAGAAGGGUUACGACUCUCUCCAAGAGUUGGUGCCGACUUGCCAGCAAACAGACGCAUCAGGGUACAAGCCAAGCAAAGCAGCCGUUCUCCAAAAAUCCAUAGACUACAUUCAAUACUUACUACAGCAGCGUCGAAGGCAGGAAGACGAGCGCAAUGCUUUGCGCAAAGAUGUUGUGGCGUUGCGUAUUAUGCAGGCUAACUAUGAACAAAUUGUGAAGGCGCAGCACUCGGUGCCCGGCCAUAAUGAACAGAGGCUCACCGAUCAGGACAAGUUCCAAGUUUUUCAGGGUAUAAUGGACAAGCUAUUCGAGUCGUUCGAGUCUGUACCAACGAAUAACUUCGCCGAGUUUUCAGCGGGCGUUUUCAACUGGCUCGAAGAAUAUUGCAAGCCGCAAUCACUAAGAACUAUGGUACACGGAGUUUUGAGGGAACAGAGUUACACGCCAUAAAUACUUACCUUAUUUAUCUUAUCUUAAAAAUAUACAAUUAAGAAAAUCUUCCUUUUCUGUUGGGCUUUGGAAAACGAAACAGUCUUAUUCCGCAAUGUCUGAAAUGUUAUUGAAUUGUUUUUUUUUGGAUUUAUUAAUGUUAGAUAAUAGAGUGACUCUUGUUUAUUGUUUAAAUGUCUAUAAAGUUGUAGUGACAUGAAUUUAUUUACAGAAUAUUUAAUGAUAUUUUUUUUGCUGACAACCCUUUAUGAUGUCAAUUCUAGCAUUAAAUGUACUAUUAUGCCCCUUUACUCUUGUCCAAAGUAUCGUUUAUCGUUCAAAAUUGCUGCUUAGUUUCUUGUUGUACCACAUAGAUAAGAUGCUAAUACUACCGCAGAGCUAUUAUUUAUCUGCCAAAUAAACGUAUGUAGAUAAUGUCGACGAUAAACCUCCUUAUAUUAUGUUCGUGUGAUAAGAGAAAAUGUAUCUAGAGUUCUAUUACAUAUUUAUACAUUUUUAUUGUUGUUCAAGUUGCACAAAGUCUAGAUAUGAUCGUAAAAUUAGAAAAAAAAUAUAUUCUAUUAUACCUUUGUAUGUUAUAAAUGUUUAUGAUAUGUAUGUAAAAUCAUUUUAAUUAGGUAAAUGGUACUUGUAUGUUAAGUCCAAGAGUCUAUUUUAUUUUUGGAAAAUUGAAUUGAAUUACGCAUAUAAUAUUGUGAUAAAAGGAAAAUUUGCCUUAAACGACAAAUAGGUAAAUAAAAUUAAUUAUUACAACAAAAAUAUUGUCAAUAAUUGGUAGUGCCUUCUACAGCUGUUUUUAUAUGGAAUAUAAAUAAACACAUGUUUCGUUACAA